AAAGCAACGCUCGGCUCUGUGCGACACAUCCGGGGCUCAUUCAGGGGUGUCACUCAAGCCUGCGAAGAUGGCGACGUCGGGCAGAAAUACACUCCUAUCGGUUAGCACAAAUGUAAAUAACAGCACUUCCGAAAGCCAAAACCUCGAGGAGGAUGACGGACAGAAUUUAUGGUCAUCGAUAUUGAGUGAGGUGUCGACGCGCUCCCGAUCAAAAUUGCCGUCAGGAAAGAAUGUGGUGGUUAUGGGUGAGGUGGGGUCUGGUAAGACCACCUUGGUGGCCAAACUACAAGGUGUAGAAGAGUACAUGAAGGGCCGAGGCUUAGAGUACCUGUAUUUCAAUGUUCACGAUGAUGAUAUCGAUGAUCAUGCACGGUGUAAUGCAUGGGUGCUGGAUGGGGACCUGUACCACAAAGGCCUGCAGAAAUUCGCCGUAUCAACAGAGAACCUUGAGGACUCGCUGGUUCUAUUUGUGGUUGAUCUGUCCCGGCCCUGGCUGGCCCUCGAUUCGCUGCAGAAAUGGGGCAGCGUUGUGAGGGAUUUUGUGGACAAGCUCAGAGUUCCCCCUGAAACCAUGAGAGAGCUGGAGCACAGAUUGGUGAAGCAGUUUCAGGAAUACGUGGAACCAGGAAGCGACCUGGAAGCUGUGCCCCAGAGAAGGAAUCCUGAGUCCGAGGAAGAGAGCAUCCUGCUGCCGCUGGGAGACAAUACACUUACACACAACCUGGGCCUGCCUAUAGUGGUGGUCUGCACUAAGUGCGAUGCGAUCAGCACUUUGGAGAAGGAGCACGAUUAUAAAGACGAGCACUUAGACUUCAUCCAGUCUCACAUUCGACGCUUCUGCUUGCAGUAUGGAGCAGCGCUACUUUACACAUCCAUGAAGGAGAACAAAAAUCUAGACUUGUUAUAUAAAUACCUUGUUCACAGGUUAUACGGCUUUCCCUUCAACAUCCCAGCUCAGGUGGUGGAGAAAGACUCUGUGUUUAUUCCAUCAGGAUGGGACAAUGAAAAAAAGAUCGCCAUCCUGCAUGAAAAUUUCCAGACAGUAAAAGCAGAGGACAACUUUGAAGAUGUAAUAGUGAAACCUCCAAUUAGAAAGUUUGUACAUGAGAAGGAAGUUCAAGCUGAAGAUGACCAAGUAUUUCUACUAAAGUUGCAGUCUCUGUUAUCUAAACAGCCUCCAGUCACUGCAGGAAGACCAGUGGACCCAACAAACAGAGCUCCCACCGGCUCACCAAGGACGACCAACCGUUCGGCAGCGGCUAACGUGGCAAAUGUCAUGCCCAUGCAAUCAGGUACCAAGAAGAUUGAUCCCAACAUGAAAGGAGGUCAGACGAGUGAGGGUGUGCUGGCUAACUUCUUCAACAGUCUGUUGACUAAGAAAGCAGGCUCACCCGGCCCGGGAGGCCAACCUACAGGAGGAGGGAGCAACACACCAGGAACAGUCCGCAAGUCAGGCUCCAAGUUGGGGUUGACCGAUGUCCAGGCUGAGCUGGACCGGAUCGCCAACAAAUCUGACCUGGACUCCUCAGCCCCUAACGCCACCACACCCCCUGCCGAAAACGACGAAUCCUGAAUGAGAGGCGGGGAUUAUUCACCGGCAAGCUCCUCCCCCUUGACACUGCUCUCUCCACCCCCCAAACCUGCCUCCCUUCUGCCACCUCUCCUCCCUUCCUCUCCCUCACUCUUCCUCUUGAUCUUGUUCAGAAGGAGGAUUUAUUCUUGUUUAUUCCAGUGACUUGAAGCUGCAUGUCGGGCAAAUGGCGAUUGCUAUGUCUGUCUCCACACACACGCACACAUGUACAGCGGACGGGUCCAUAAAAAAACCAUAGAGACAGGGUUGUGGUAGAAGGACACUAGAUCAGCGUUGGACUCUAAAAGAGAGGAUUAGAGAGGAAAUGGGGAUGUAGGGAGAAGUCCGAAUUAGAAAGUGAAAGGGGUUUGUGAACUUAAGUGUAUCUGUAUGCAAGUUAGAUUUUUCCUUGGCUUUCGGUAGUGAAUUAUCUUAUAUGAAGGAUCCUGUUCGACUAAAGUAAAAGUCACUCGGCUUCUGAUAAACAAACGCACAUUUUUACUGAUCUAAACGUCUUACUAAGCCUCAUCUGAGCAAAAAAAUGAAAUAAAAAUAAAGGGAAACAUCUAAUUUCAGUCAGAGAGCGAUUCGGUCAAACGAUUCAUUGGAUGUGGUCACCUUGUGUUGGUGUUUGUUAAAUGGCUAUCUUUAGCACUAUCAAUACCUGGCCUAUUCUUAAGUGUAUCGAUCACAGGACCAGAACAAAUAUACUGACAUGAUUUCAAUGCUUUGUAAUAUCCAUAACCCCUUUUUUGCUGCUGUUAAACUGUCAACAGAGUCUCCAAGUCAGAUUGAUGUGAUCUGUUGCGUACAAUUAAAAGUAUCUAAAUAUUGCACUAUUACACAAUAGUAGGCAAUGACACUGAAAAUGAUCUCUUACAAUGCUGACUGUAGCAAAGUAGUGCAUUUAACUGGAGAGCGAGAGAGUUUUUAGCUUAGACAUGGUUUAUGAAGUCGUCUGUGUAACUGCUGAUCAAGACUAUUGAUGGGACUGACAACUAUGUCCGGUGUAAAAAAAAAAUAGUUUGUUUGUUUUCUAUGUUCAAAGGAGCUUGAAAAUUGGAUGUUUCUGUGUGUGUGUUCUCAUCUUUCAACUACAGCCGGUUAUGGCACUGUUUAUUAAUGGAUGCACUAGAGAUCAUGCAAACACUAUCAGUAUUAUGGUCUUUUCAUUGGUGUGUGUGUGUGUGUGUGUGUGUGUGUGUGUCUUGAGUGUGUGUGUGUAAGUUUGAGCAAAAUAAGUAAAUUCAGCAGGCGAUUUGUCUGUUUAGAGACUUUAACGGCUAGAAAUUAGUACCGCGAUGGGAAGGGAGGGGGGAGAGGCAGAGGUGGCAGGGCAGGUGAGAUCUCAGAUCACCCUCACCUGCAUGUACAGUCAUCAACCGAACUUCUUACGAGAGGGAGGGGGAAAUAAACAUACGCUAAUAUGGUCCUGUAAUUUCACAAGAUGUAGUGAUGUUUCUCUGGAUCAGGUCUGUAAUCAUUCUAUUAAAGUUGUAUUUAUUGGGAAUGGCUGCUGUCUGUGAGGUUCUUUUGUGUGGGUGGAGAGCAUUACGACACAGGAAGUCUGUGGUCUCAGCAAAAACCGAUCUUCUUUGGAACAGAAGUUCCAAACAGUUCAAC